ACAGUCGUGCUUUGGAGGGCGUGAGAGACUGAGCUAGCCGUCGUACAGUGGUCGCGCGUGUGUGUGAGUGUGUGUGUGUUCACCCAAUUUACCAGGACCAUCCCCCAACAGACCGCCACCAUGCCGGACGUGAACAAGGUCCUGGGGCACCAGGAGCUGAAGCAGCAGAACCUGUACCGCUCCCUGGCGGCGGAGUGCCUGGGCACCCUGCUGCUCAACUUCUUCGGCGUCAUGUCCUGCGUCAAGACCAACUCCCUGAAGAACGACCUGGUGGAGGUGUCGCUCACCUUCGGCUUCGUGGUGUUCGCCGUGGUGCAGGUGUUCGGCCACGUGUCGGGGGCGCACGUCAACCCCGCGGUGACGGCCGGCAUGCUGGUGACGGGCAGGACCCCCGUCAUCCGGGGCUUCCUGUACGUCGUGGCGCAGUGCGUCGGCGCCAUCAUCGGCACCGGCCUCGUCAAGGCGGUGACCCCCGAGGCCUUCGCUGACGUGCUGGGCAACACCAAGCUGACGGCCAAGGGCCUGACGGCGGCGCAGGGCUUCGGCGUCGAGUUCCUGCUGGGCUUCGUCCUGGUGCUGGUGGUGUUCGCCGUGUGCGACCCCAACCGCCCCGAGUGCAAGUACGCCGCCCCGCUCGCCAUCGGCCUCACCGUGGCCCUGGGCCACCUGGCGACGAUCGACUACACCGGAUCCUCCAUGAACCCGGCCCGCUCGCUCGGAUCGGCGGUCCUCACGGGAGACUACGAACACCACUGGGUGUACUGGAUGGGGCCCUGCGCCGGCGCCAUGGCGGCAGGACUGCUCUACACGUUCGUGUUCGCGGCGCCCGUGCCCUCGCAGACGCAGACCACCUACACCGUCGUCAGCACCAGCGACAAGGAGGUGAAGCUGCACAUGAAGCGCCUGGAGGACGAGCCCUGAAGACGGCGCGCCCAGCUGUGCUGCAAGGCCUCGCCCUUCUUCGAGUGGACGCCGUCCCGCCUGUCCACCCUGCCGCCUCCCGCCGCCUGCUUGGAAGCGACACUGCAAAACGGCACCACUCUUCUUGUAUUUAAAAAAAAAAUCAAAAUGGUGGUGACGAACGAUGCACAGUUUGUCCAUGACUCACUUGUACCGUCGUGGCGUCCUGCCUGAGCGUACAAUACUUGUUUGCCGGCCAAGAAAGCGUACCUUUUAUACUACAUCAGAGUGCAUUUUUUUGUUUGUUUUGUUUCUGUAGUAGACCUUUUUUACGCGACAAGUGCUUUCGAUUUUGUUCUCUUCACCUGUUGCUUCCCAUAGCAAGGGCCUUUAGAAGGCUGCCAAGAUCACUGCACCAAAGAACAUGUCAAUUAUACUGAGUCAGUAACUUUCUGGCUUGAUCUUUUUGAGUGAAAAUGAACAAGCCAGCAUUUCCUGGGCACCAUUGUACACUAAACAGGACAUUCCUUUGCGCAAACUACCAUAAUUACAAAAGUUUCAAUCUGGAUCAGCGCUGUUGCUCUUGAACGUCUACCUUCUAGGUAUUAGGUUUAAACUUAAGACAAUUAUAUUUCUUUUGUUUGUAUGUGUGUUUGUGAGUGUGAUGUGCUUUAUAUUUAUAUUCAUAGUGUGUAUUUUGCAGUCUCAGAAUGCUUGAACAACUAGUUAAUCUCUGAAAAAAAAAAUGUGUUCAUUGUAGUGUAGUACAAAAGCGAAAAGAAUUUCAAGACAAUAGACCAGCACAGGCCUGUGCAGGCGAUGACCCGAAAUUUAAUCCUUGCCGACACAUCUUCUUCACUAGCUUCGUUUGCCCGGGCAGCCACUCCACUGUGUGGCGCGUCACGGAGAGUUGCUUCUUGCGGGCUUCGUCGUGCAUCAUGUGAUAUCUUUCUCUAUUAAUUUAUUUCCAUCCGCCCCUGACAUUUAUUAUGUUUCAAAGUGUUUAUUGUCAGUAAAAUAAUGCAUGCUGCCUCAUUCUCUAAUAAACAGUGUUCUUUACAUAAA